AUUCACUGGUCCAAGAGCUGGCAGCGAGAAGUGCAAGCCCCUUUCUAUGCUUUGAACAGCAUGUUGUGGAGCUCUUUCGAUGCUACGGAGGAAGCCCGAUCAGCGCUUCGCCUUGCACAAUGGAUCUGUGGCUUUGGAGCUGCUUGUUUCAACGUCUGAAGCUGAUCAACAGACCCAUCAGCGAAUGUUUUUCGGACAAGUAGCUCUAUGUUCUCUAGGAUUGCAGCAGAUCACUUUUUGUUGUCACUAUGCCAUCCCUUGCAAGUGGCACACCGCCAAAGGGCCGGGCUCGGGAGAUCCUGGACGAACUCUCAGCAUUAGAGGGGCACAAGCAUAGAAGCCCUAGUGGCCUGCUCAAGCGGCGCUCAUCUCGCUCACCGCAAUUUGGAUUGCCUGUCUCAGUGGUCAAGCAUGCUGCAGAGAGGAAAGUCACAGGCGGUGCCACCAGCCCCCUGUCAAUGCAUUCAAUCAGCGCAAAGCCAUCUUUCUUUGACGGUCUGUCUGCUGUCAACGUACAUAAGAUAGCCGUUUCAUUGGACACUGAGAGAGACGAAGGAGAAGAGAAUGGCUCUGCCACUGGUGGUGCACAGCUUGUGAGAGUAAUGCCAGCAGAGAGAGAUACAGAACGGAGCGUUCCAGUUAAGUCCACCUCAAGGGACAACACGAAGCUUCAUACUGGAGAAAGAACUGAUACCUUUUCUGACUCUCAGAGAGCUGGCAGUGUUGAAGGCCACAGCGUAGAUCCAUCUUUUGUGGGUGAGGAGCAACGGGCAAAAGCAACUGCCUCGCUUCUUAGAAGAGGCACCAUCAGUCAAACAACCGAAGUAGGGCGCACUGAUCUUGCAAGCGAAGUGAUCAGGCUUCAAGAUGAGUCAGCUGCGGCUCACAGAUCCUCCGAAGCUGCCCACCAAGCAGCGGCGGCUCUGCAGAAAGCUGUAGACGAAAGCAGAAGCCAGGCCUGUUUGCUUAAAAAAGAAGCUGAGCUUGCAAAUCAGGCAGCUGAUGUGUCGAGGCAAGAGGCCGAUGAGGCCAAAGCAGAGGUGGAGGAGCUUAGGGGUUCACUUGAGGAGAUGCAAAUGGUUGUCCAAAUGAUGAAGGACGCAAGCAAGAGUCAGGAAGAAGGGAUCAGCCAGGAAGUGGUGAGGUUGAAUACUGAGGUGCGAGAUGAAAGGAAGAAACGAAAAGCCGCAGAGGGCACAUGUAUCGAGUUGCAAAAGGAAGUGGAUCGCCUUCAUCAAGAAAACGAAGAUGCGCGACUACGACUAGAAAGCCUGCAGGAAUCUGAGGAUGCUCGAGCAUCAGCUUCUGAUCAGCUUACUGCCGCGCAAGCAGCAAACGAUGCUCUGGAACAGGAGCUCAAAAGAUGCCAGAAGAAACUGUCCGAAUUGUCAAGACAAGACAAAGACUCAGAGUUGCGGCUCAGAAACAUUGAGGAAGAGAAUGAAGGGCUGAGCGCAGCAAACGCAAAGCUGCUGAAGAAAGUGAAAAGCUUGGGGCUGAAAGUGGACGCGCUGAGGGCCGGGGUUGGGCCUGACUUGCAAGAGGACGCGGAUCACGAGGCGAGGAUAACAAAGCUCCAAGUUCGCAAGCAGGCGCUGAAGGCUCGGGUCAGAGAGCUCGAAUCGCAGCUCUUGGAGGCAGAUGACGAGUGCAGAGAAGCGAGAACCAAGUACAUAUCUCUGGGAAUCAAGGUGGAGGAGCUGCUCCAGGAGGAGGCGCUGACGCAGGAGCUGGUGAUGCAGGAGAAGGACCGGGGCAGGAUCUCCUUGGAAGAGCAGCUGGAGCAAGCUCGCGCCGUGGUGCAGGCGUUGAAGGAGCGGAACGCCGUCUUGGAAAGGGGCCUCGCGGCGUCUGAGGAGGAACUCGUCCGGCAGUCCCGGUGGGCCAAUCACACGGCGUCGCAGCUGCAGCAGAGCCUGGUGAAACUCACCCACCUCGAGCGGAUUGACGGCGGAACGGUCCGCAUGAAUGGAAUGGAGCUCGAGAGCUAUGCCGAGAUGAUCGAACUGCAGGCAAACGAGGUGAGGAGAGCCGCUGAAGAGUGCGCUUCCGCUCAGCACAAGGCUUCCGUUCUGGAGAGUGGGUUCCUCCAGCUGCGCGCCCUCUGCGACGAACUGCAGUGCGAGCUGGUACGUUCCGCUCGGGAGGCGGAGUUCUGGCGGAACGCUGCAGAGGAGGCAGAACGGGGGCGGAAAGAUGCGAGGGAGGAAGCGGCUCAGGCUAUCGAGAAGAGCAUACGGCUGGAGCGGCUCUUAGAGGAGCGGCAGCUCGAGAUCUGUUUGAGGCUGGCAAGGCUAUUGCUCUGUAGGCGCAUCUCGACCGGAAAAGGCGCAACCUACGGUCUGCAUCCUAUCAUCGCCCAAGGUACGGGCACAUUUGCGCUACCGGCAGAGACGAAGUCGGCGCUCUCGGACGAUCACGAUGAUUCUCUUUGA